AUGGAGAAUAUUUAUCAUAAGUUUAUACUCGACCAUCUGAGUGAAAUGAACCCGACUUUGUUUUUUGAUCAUUUUAAGUUUGCGUACGCGAAGAAAUCAACUGCUCAACAGCUUCUAGCCAACUCUCUCGGUUACUUACAGAAUUAUGUGAAUGAUCCGGCAAUAAGGAGCUUAGCACAGGAAAAAAGAAAGGAUCUAAAGAAAUGGAGGGAAAGUCAAUAUGCUAUCGAAUACUGGCAAGGAAUUGAGAGAAAAGAAGCCGAACAAAAAGUUAAGGCUGCGGCAAAAAUAUCAGAGUUGCAUAUCGAGGCAACAUUACAUAAAGAUACUAUCCACCAUUCUAGUGCAGUAUCAAAUCUGACUAGAAACAAACUCACCGCAUUAAAUAAACGACCAAACACCGAUGUUGAUUCUGAAAACAACCCCUUCAUUGUAACUGAGGAUCUCGAACCUAUUGAUUCUCACACAACACCAUCAUCACAUACCGAUUCUGAAGAUUUAGAACAUAACCCCUUCAUUGUAACAAAAGAGCAGAAAGAAGGACCCGAACCUACUGAUUCUCUCACACCAUUAAAUUUCCUUAAACGUCCCAAGCCCUUACUCGAUAUUGAAAUGGAUUUGGAUUGGGCACCGUGGAAGUACAACUUGAUAAUCAACAAUAUUGACAUAGAGCAAAUUCUUCAGAAUAUAUACAAAAAAUGUCAAAAAACAAGACCGAAAACGAAAACAUCGCUUGAUUACGGUAUUAUUGACCUCAAUGACGGUGUUGUUUUGGAAGGUCUAGGCAAAUCAAUAAAGUUAUAUUUUGAAGCAAGGAUACAAGAUUAUAAACCUAAGAAAAACAUAUCUAAAGAAAUUGCAAAUUGUUUGAAAAAAUUUAAUGUUACAUCCUUAAAAGACCUUGGAAAGGCACUCUCAGAAGUCCAUAUCGAUUAUGAUAAUCUGGAUCGUGACAUCUUUUAUUUACAUCGUCUCUUUCAAAAAUUCUCCGAGCUACAGGAAGGGUGGUAUAAUAGUCACAUUGUGGCUCCAAUUUUCGAUGAAUGUCUUGAAUCAGUUGAUGAAUGGAUUCUUCGACGAGGUGAAGUUGAGAAUUAUGCACAAAAAUUUCUUGACCGAACAUCACGGAAAAGAAAAAAAUAUGAUGGAAUUCUGUCAUUUAGUAGACAGUUCGAAUUUAUUUACGUAGAAACGACAACUACAUCCAUACUAUCGAAAACAGAGAAUGAUUUGUCAAAGUUGCAUCAAGCCAUUAUUCUUAUGUUUAAAUUGAUGGUGUCUACUCUUCCGGAAAAAAUGUUAGAAGAGAUAUCAUCCAUGCCUGUCCUUUGUGUGCAAUUCAGCGGAGCAAGUGCCGAGGUAUAUCUAGCUAAUUGGCCAAAAAAUAUGCGACCAAUAGUUUUUUCGAUCAUGAAAUUUGAUAUACCUGAAGAAGUAACAGCGUUGCCCAAAUUGACAAAGGUGGCUGCAAAGAUGUUAUCAUUGCGGUCUUAUAUUCAAAACUUAAAUAACAAAUAUCAAGUCUUGUUAAUGAAAAUGGCUGAUUAUUAUUUAAAUGAAGAUAAUGACUGGGAUUCACCAAUUAAAUUGAAAGCUCGUUGUUAG